AAACGAUAAUAUAGCUAUAAGUUUGUUUUGUGAUUAAUCCGAGAAAAGUUCAGCCUACUAAAAGUUGAUUGCAUUCAAGAUCUAAGAUAAACUGUGAUUAAUCAAGCAAAAUAGGCAAAAGCUGAAUUUAAUUUGCGUUCGCAAUUUAAUUACCAUGAAUGUGACUAGAGACAAAAUGAGUGUAUACUUAAUUGGAUUAUUACUGCUCGUACUUACCGCAAAUGGCAAAGUGCAACAGGAAUCGAACAGAACUCUAGAAACGAGUGACAGUGGUGAUCCGAAGAGCAGUUUCGAAAAGGAUGAUGUCGGCUGGACGAACAUUGAUGCCGAAGUCGACGUGGUGACGCCCAUGGUGCUAGCUCACCUUCAAAAAUUGGGUAUAGCCCAUCUCGAUCUGCCAGACAUGAAAGAGAGCAUCUCUAUUAAGCCUUUCUUUAUAACGUAUGAGGCCGGUCUACACCUGACUAAUGGAAUCGUCUACAACCUGGCUGGAAUACAGAGACACAAAAAUGCAUUCAUGACCUAUGAAGGCAAAUCGUUCCUGAGUAAAUUUUAUUUGAAAAUAAAUAAACUUCAGUUUGAAUACAACUUUUUGAUGAAGCUCAUGGCUAUUGAGGGUUACGGAAAGGUGAUUGGCUCUUUGGAUGAUACGAUCAUCUAUGCUGAACUGGCUGUCAAUGUGAUUACUUCGAAGCUUCAUCUGCACGACUUUCGUAUAAUUGAAUUCAGCAAUAUUCAUGUACAAUUGGAUCAAGCACGUUUAAUUCGUGAAUUUACUGGACUUAUUUUAAGUCCUAUCACAAAUUUGUUCAAGGAUCGAAUCACGACAUCGAUUGCUGACGGACUGAAGGAGCAAAUGCAAACCGUGAUGGACGAUUUCAACAACGAGGAUCCUUUAGAGCUUCGUAAAUUUACAAAAAAACUAAUAAGCGGUAUAACGGGCUCUUCAACAGAUUUGACGGAGCAAACAUAGGCUUAGAAACAGUAAUAAAAACUAACUGGAAAGCUGGGA